AUGAGUUCCCACCAAGACAUGAACAUCGAUGUUGAGAUCAUCAACCAGGGCAAGUUCGAUGAUAGUGCCGAGUCCAAGAUUCAGCAGAUCAUUCCCAAGUACACUUCUGGCAAUCCUGGUGACCUGUCGCACUUGAACAUUCCCAAUUUCAAGUCUGAUGAGGUUGCUGCUGCUGCCCAGGCUUUGGGCCACCAAGGGCUGGACCAUGAUUCCGAGCUCUUCGUGACUCCCCAGAUGCCUGAGCAGACCUUUGAGGACGUGGUUGAGUUGAAGGAAUGGGUCAAGGCUUUUGCCAAGAAAAACGAGUUUGGUAUUGCCAUUGCCCACUCCAACAACAAGGCAAUUUAUUUCACUUGCGAGUUGGGUGGUGUCUACAGAGAGAAAAGGUCCAAGAAGUCUGACAACGAGGAGGACUUGUCUGCGGCUCAGCAGCAGAAGAAGAUUGGAUCCAAGAAGAUCAGUUGUCAAUUUUCCAUGGUUGCCAACUUUUCGAAGAAGACAAACAACUGGACUUUGAAGAUGACUGAGAACAACCACAACCACCCCAAGCUGGAUCCUUUGACCAACUUCCCAAUGCUCCGCAAGCGCACUCCUCAGGUCAACAACACCAUCAAGGAGUUGUACUCCCAGGGAGACAAGCCUUCCAUUAUCCACGCCAAGUUGACAUCUGCCUUCCCAGACCUAAUGAUCAAGAGAGAGGACAUCUACAACGAAAUCAGAAUCCUGAAGAAGAGAAGAAUGGUGCCAACAAACAAUGAGAUCAAGAAGCUCAAGAUGAACGACUAUGGAACCAACAACAACAUGGAGACUCUUAGCCACCACAUGUCUCACCAAGAACAGCUCUGGUCUGGUGACCACGUGAAGCUUACCGAGUUUGCCAACGUUACUGUCCAGGAGCAACAGAAGAAGGACGAGGCCGAAGCCGCUGCCGCUGCUGUUGCUGCAGCUGCCUCCAACCUGAUGAAGGAUGAUGACAAGAUUGACGAGAAUCUCAUGAACAUCGACUCUCGUCUGGUUGACAACUAA